GACUCGCAUUGACGCCAUCGUUGAGACCGAUCACAGUAGUUUGAUCGAUAGCUCCAUUUUCUAAUGACUCCAACGCAUUGCCCUGCCCGUAAAGCAAGUUAUAGCACUACAGUUAGUCUGUCUCCACUCGGCACCACAUCCUUCACAUGCAGCUGGGUUCAUUUCGCAUUCACACCAUAUUAAAUCUCAUCACCCACGAGGCUGGCCAGCCGCCCCCAGCCGAGUCCCCAUGGCAACAACCUCGAUCGGACAAUCUGGAUCCCGCUGAGCUCCAACCGAUCGUCGCCCAAUGCUUUUCCUUGCCGAUAUUGCUGCUCUUCGUUCAUUAUUCAGAAACCCAAACCCCCAUCUCUUUGGUGCCGGUUCCCUGAGAAACCAUGAGAUGAAGACAGAGUCAAUUCAUCUCUCUCUCAUCUCUUUUUUUGCCACCUCCUCUUCUCCCUCUCGAUUGAUCCCGAUGCGUGGAGCUGACUCGCCUGGAGCUUCCCCCCAUCGACCAUCCAGCUUGCUCUUCGCCCAGCACGGCUUGCUGCAGCUGUGCGCCGUGCUCAUCGUGUUGUCCCGCCAUUGGCGAAUCGAGCUUCGUUGCUCCCCAGCCGGUCUCACUUCUCGUCUCCACUCCGGCCAAGCUCUGAGUGUCUCAAUUCCCAGCCAUUCGCCCGUGCUUGACCAGCCUCUCGCUCGGCUUGAUCGUAUGUGCAGUCGAUGGGCUCGGGCGGGCGCCAGCCUGCCGAUUUUCCUUGACCCUGCCUGAUCCCAGCUCCAGUUCGUUGCUCUGAGCUUCCUCGGCUGGUUGCAACAUAUGGGUCUAGGCGCUCCCAGCGGGAAACUAAUACCCGGUCGGUUCGAGGCCAUUGCUGCCUAGCCUGUUUGCUCUGUGACUGCUCAUCUCCGGUCGCUUCCUGGGUGAACCGGGAGCUCCGUAAUAGUGUUGUGCCCGCCAUCGUCGUGGAGGACGCGUCCGAAUAAUCUGCCGCAUCGAUUACUCGUGCUGCACACAAGGUUACAGCCGUCGGACAAUAAUCUGCAGAGGGACCUCUCACAUGCUGACUCCCCACCUGCUCUUCACCCUGGUCUUUCCCUUUCCGCGGUCACCACUUUGCAACUCGAACAGAAGAAAGCCGCAAAUCUACAAGAAAGA